UGUUGUUCAUACUUCGGAGAUUUCUUCGAAUCGUGUCCUCGCAUUCCUCCUUAGUCCGGCACCGUUGACGGCAGAAAACCAGCGAUUUGAUCCAUGUUUCAGUUUCUAGUUUCAGUUUCUUGGCGGUUGAUGCAGCCCCAUCUACAAAUGGGUAAUGGGUUCGCGUCAUCAUCCGGGUCGGUUUUGUUAACCGAUAGAUCCAUUUGUAUAUAAUAUGUAUAUUAUGUAUAUUAUAUAUAUUUUUCAAAUUCACACUAUAUUAUAUAAAAUUAUAUUAAACUGAAUCUCCCUCCCGCCAUUGUAGAGAAGAGAUCCUAAAUACAGUUAAGAUUCUGGCCGGAAGACCCGGUCGCAGUUGCAGGCAACUGAAAAUGGCGAAAUCCGCCAAAUCCGGCGAGCCUCUGAACUCCAAACGGAAUCCUCCGCCGUCGGCCGGAAACCCCUUUAAAUGCCAUUCCCCUUUCCUCCUUCAAACUCAUUCUCUGGUCUUGCAGUCUUUCUCUAUAUACCUUAGAGGAUUUCUGCAGCCUUCAGAAUCCUUAUCUGAAUAAACUCCCUCUUUUCUUCUUCUUCCCAUCUCUUAACAAAAUCAGCAACAAUGGCCCGCCAAUUGCUUCUCCUUGCUCUUGUCUUCGCCGUCGUUGUCGGCAUUGUCUCCGCCGCAUCACCCAAGGCCGAUGACCAUAAACCCUCUGACGCCAAAUCUGCUGAAAAUAAGACUACCGCAGCUGCCGCUCCAACCCCUGCCCAUGCUCACAAAGGAGCUGCUUCUUCCCCCAGGGCUGAUGCCGGUGCCCCCGAGGCUGAUGCCGGUGCCCCAAAGGCUGAUGCCGGUGCCCCAAAGGCUGAUGCCGGUGCCCCCGAGGCUGAUGCCGGUGCCCCAAAGGCUGAUGCCGGUGCCCCAAAGGCUGAUGCCGGUGCCCCCGAGGCUGAUGCCGGUGCCCCAAAGGCUGAUGCCGGUGCCCCAAAGGCUGAUGCCGGUGCCCCCGAGGCUGAUGCCGGUGCCCCAAAGGCUGAUGCCGGUGCCCCAAAGGCUGAUGCCGGUGCCCCAAAGGCUGAUGCCGGUGCCCCCGAGGCUGAUGCCGGUGCCCCUAAGGCUUCCAGCCCUGCCGAUGGCCCUGCUUCCGGUCCUGCUUCUGGCCCUGCCGGCAAUGAGGGUUCUGCCGAUUCCCCUGCUGGAUCCCCCGAGUCCGAUGCUGAUGCGUCAUCUCCACCUUCCCCAAGCGGACCUGCUGCCGGACCCGUCAGCGAAGACGAAGAUAUGGCUGAUGCACCAAGUGAUUCACCCUCUGAUUCUCCGCCCAGUGAUGCUUCGUUCCAGAAAGUGUCAGCCGCCACCGUUGCCGGGGUUUUGGGCGUUGCUGGAUUGUUUGCCUUCUAAACUUUUUUAAUUUUAUGAGAUGGGUUUGACUUGAAUUUGAAGAGAUUAUGUUUCUGUUGCUUGCUUAAUGUAUUUCACUAUUCUCUGAUAAUUCUAAAGAGUGAUUAUCAUAAGAUCAUUUUCCAUUAA